UGAGGGAAGCGAUCGACUGCCGCUACGGUAUGGCGCGGCGCGAUGCGGCGUAGUGCGGUGCGAUGCGGUGCGGUUUCCGAGAUCGUGUUUUAAGUGCAGUCGUUAAAGUCACUCGUAAAUAUUCAUGCGCUCAUUAGCUUAGACCAAACGGCCUGGCGACGUGCUAUCGCGCGAAUGCGUACUUAAAGGAAUUAUUUUCGCCGCGGCCCGACGGCUUAUUAAUCCGGAAUGCUUUGAUGGGGCGUCCCUCAUCGCGGCGCAUUAACGAGAUCAUGAUUGUCUUCUUGGUUCAGGCUGUUAUGUUGGAAAAUGUUGCGUGUGUUCACCGCUCAACGAUCGUGAGACCGUUGAUAAGUGAUCAGCCACGUCCGAUACUCGCCAAGUUGCAUCAGCAUCCUCAAAUUCGUAGACUCACACGAGUCGGAGUAAUACUGAGAAAGGGGCGAGAUCGAUUUUCGGCGAAUGCGGCAGUGGUCUUCAAGUGCACUUGGCCAGGCUGCCUGGAAAUCAAAGCGACCGUCGCGUGUAUCGAGGAACAUGUGCGCCAAUCACAUCUGGGUCCAAAGAAGUCCAAGGGAUGCGACAGCGAGGAGGAUGAUAUGUCCGUUCACGAGGAGGAGUUCUAUUACCAGGAAGUUGCCGCGGAUCACAUGAGCUCACCUCCUACGAUGUCUCACCGGGAUAUGGCGAGACCGCCGCACGAGGAUCCGGAGUACCAGAAGCAGCUCCGUCUCGAGACCACUCCCGCCCCGAGUAACUACAUCGAGAACGUAAUGGUCGGUGUCAGGGAGCCGAGCAACGCGUUUACGAUCUCGCAAUCGCCGGGUACGCCGAAUAAACACAUCAAACUAUCCCCGCGGCCAUUGCAGGCGUGUCAUCAACAGAACAUGACAGCGUCCACGGGCAAGCCGUCCUCCCCGCGGCGAACUCGCAGCGACGUUAAAAAGUGUCGCAAGAUCUACGGUAUGGAUGCACGUGACCUCUGGUGCACUCAGUGCAGAUGGAAGAAGGCUUGCACCCGUUUCUGCAGCGACUAGGCCAAGCGUCCGCCCCGUUCGUACGUCCGUGGGCGGAAACCCUUGUCGAGUCGACCCCAGAGUUUGCCAAUGCUACGUUGAACGUUAACACCAACUGCCAAAUGCCAAUCACCGUCGAAGAUACCGGCGUUGAAAAAAGACUCCCCACAUUCGGAGCAUAAGAAACGCGCGAAAUAUCCGCCAAUUAUCCGCCGGUUCUAGCGAAAGGGGGUUACCCUACGAGUUAUUCCAGCACGUAUGUACGUGCCGGUAAAACGGCUCUCCGAUGAAAGAGCAAAAUGCGAAACUCGUAAAAGUAGCAUCUCAUUCUCUUCUGUCAAUCUUUCCGAGACGACAUGCACGAGUUUCGAAGAGGCACGUCACUUUCGCGAUUAUUACAGUUGACGGAUAGUUCUAAAGAUCCGAUAUUCGUGCAUGAUGUAACAUCUUUCUAGUGCUCAUAGAGGAAGUUAACGACGUAAGAUUUAUCUGAACGAUUUCCGCCCGUUCGUAUUUUGCACUUGGCAAACUCCGACCGGGUCCCUUAAUCGCAACGAGGGACUUUUCGAUUAAUAGAUAGCGAAUAACCGGCGUGCGGGGCGAGGCGACCUCAAAACCAUUGUUGCACUCACUCGCUCCCAUCUCGCCUGACAAAGAGAACCUUUUGGUUCGGUACGAAUGAGAUACGCACUCGCACUCGGAGCGAGCAAGCAUGUUCUUCGAAGUGCUGAUUCCCGAACCGCCUCUUAGGUCAUUGCAAUAGAUCUUCCUUCUUCCGCUAAGAGCGCGAACGUUAACGCGCUCUCGGUAAUGAUGGAACUGAAGGCGCCGCGUCGAAUCCUCAGGGAUUCGAGAACAGGAUGAUCCCUGGGGAACGAGCGAUCGAGUCUAACGGACGAAGGGAGGACCGGCGAAUCGAUGCUCGGUCUGACCCGAUGUUCAAUGCUAAAACGAACGCAGACAAGCAAGAUUGGUAAGUCUCGCGUGGUACAGAGCUGCUAAUUGUGAUAUUGUAUCUAAAUUUAUUGGAUCUGCCGCGAAUCGAGCAGGAGAGCGCAAAGGCGCGAAGAAAUGAGAGGAGAAAAAAAAAGAGGAAACCAAAAUUUAUACACCAAUUAUACUGCCAGAUAAAUAAUUC